UGCUUGAGUGCGUGAGCAUCCACGGGGAGGGAGAGAGGGAGAGAGAGAGAGAGAGAGAGAGAGAGCGAAUAAGCAACUUUGUUACCAGGCAUAGCUGCGUCUCCUCCGGCACAGCGUGGUAACAGAGAAGCAUUUGGCAGUUAUGGUUGAUCAGCGUUUCUUUUAUCCUCUCCGGUGCAUUAGAGACGACGAACGUAAGCUACUCGCAUUGUGUUUUCUCCUUCGUUUUGACGGAUUAAAAAUUAAAGAUGCGUUGAAAUACUACCCAACGAGUCUACAUCUUCAUCAAUGUGCGUGAGAUGACAUUGAGGAUACCUUAGCAGGACUGUGAGCUCGGCCGUCAUUGUGCAGGAAGAUGCAUCUUUGGAUUUCAUAUGUUUUGCUAAGUGCAAUGUCAGUGUGCACUGUUGAGAUGUUUGGCAGUUAUGGAGAAAUAUGUCAAAGACUGUGUGCCUGUGAGGAGAAAGAGGGGAUUCUCACAGUGAGCUGUGAAAACAGAGGGGUUUCAAGUCUCUCAGACAUAAGCCCAGUGUACUUCUCCCAGUAUCAUCUGCUGCUUACAGGGAAUCUUUUGAAAAAGCUAUGUGCCGAUGAUUUUGUUGAGUACAAAGGACUUACAAUAUUACAUUUGGGAAAUAAUGACAUAUCUGAGGUGGAAGCUGGAGCUUUUAAUGGACUUCAGGAAUUAAAACGAUUGCAUCUCAACAAUAACAAAAUUGAUGCCUUGAAGGAAGAGUUUUUCUUUGGACUUGAAAGUCUGGAAUAUCUACAAAUUGAUUAUAAUUACAUCACUCAUGUGGCGCCUAAUGCCUUGAGCAGACUUCAACAUCUGGAGGUCCUGAUUCUAAAUGACAACUUAAUAACUACUCUGCCUGGGAAAAUCUUCCAGUAUGUACCACUGACUCAUUUAGACUUAAGGGGGAAUCAGCUCAAAGUACUACCCUACUCAGGUCUGCUGGAGCACAUGAACAGUGUUGUGGAGUUACAGCUGGAGGACAACCCGUGGAACUGUUCGUGUGAGCUGAUUGCUCUUAAAACCUGGCUCGAGAGCAUAUCAUAUUCAGCUUUAGUCGGCGAUGUUGUCUGUGAGUUCCCUUUCCGGCUUCAUGGUAGGGAUCUUGAUGAAGUUUCAAAACAGGAGUUGUGCCCGAGGAGAGCCAUUGCUGAAUAUGAGGUGCCACAGCUGCCACAUUUGAGCACCGAUGCAUACUAUAGGACCACACCAGCUCUAGUCACAGCCUCUUUCACCUCUUCUGGAUUUGCAAGAUCCUCAUCAAGACCCACUAAGGGACCGCGGCAGUCAGGCAAAUUAAAAUCAAGGCCCACUGCUCGCAGCCCAUCAAACAAACCACAAAAUUAUGGCCAAAUUAUUUCAUAUCAAACCAAAUCCCCCGUGCCUUUAGAAUGCCCAACUGCCUGCACUUGUAACCUUCAAAUUUCAGACCUUGGCCUGAAUGUGAACUGCCAGGAGCGAAAGAUUGAGCAUAUCUCUGACUUAAAUCCCAAACCUUACAAUCCCAAAAAGAUGUAUCUAACAGGGAAUUAUAUCCCUGUGGUGCGUCGAUCAGAUUUUAUUGAGGCUACUGGAUUAGAUUUGCUUCACCUUGGUAACAAUCGAGUAUCCCGCAUACAUGAACGAGCUUUUGGCGAUUUGACACAUCUUAGAAGACUAUACCUUAACGGGAAUUUGAUUGAACAUCUUAAAGCUGACAUGUUUUAUGGACUGGAAACUCUACAGUUCUUAUAUUUAGAAUACAACGUCAUCAAAGAGGUUGCUUCGGACACCUUUCAGCAUGUACCCAAACUUCAGCUUCUUUUUCUGAACAAUAACCUCUUGAAAACUUUACCUGUGGGAACAUUUAUCGGCCUGACAUUGGCCAGACUAAAUUUUCGCAACAACCAUCUGCGAUAUCUGCCGGUCAGCGGUGUGCUAGAUCAACUUUCAGCACUGGUGCAAGUAGAUUUGUUCGAGAAUCCCUGGGAUUGCUCUUGUAGAAUACUGGAGUUGAAGAUGUGGCUGGAGCAGCUUAGCACAGGCACAGUUGUAAACAAUGUCAUCUGUGGUUCACCCAAGAGACUCGCUGGGGAAGAUAUGAGAUAUAUUAAGACAGCAAAUUUCUGCCCUAAUAGGUCUGAAAUACUUGCCUCCAUGAUCCCACCCUCUGAAGAAUCUUUUCCUGGCAGCACUAUCACCAUAGAAACAUCCUUGGACUCUGACGUACAAUACAGCGCCAUUCCUCUAUCUGUGAUGAUUCUCGCACUUCUCCUCAUGUUCAUUGUGUCUGUGUUUGUGGCUGCAGGAUUGUUCGUGGUAAUGAAAAAGAGACAUCAAAAGAGUCAAAUAGAGCAUAAUAACUCCAUGAAUGCUUGCAUUAGCUCUCUCAACAUUGAAUAUGGCCUCUACAAAAAGGGAUCCAUUCCCAAAGUCAGAACAUCUGCUGGACAUGUAUAUGAGUUCAUCCCACCUCCCAGAGAAUCCACAUGCAGAACUACUGCCCAAACCCCGACGGACAGCAAAUCAGUGGAUGGAUUUAGAGACUUUGAUGAGUUGAGCAGUGCUUUUCUGGGUAACUCAGAUGAAGAGGCAGCCAGUAAUGUAAUAAGCUUGGAAUACAGUGCCACCACUCCAGAGCCUCUUAGCAAGCCCUCCACCCCUCACCAAGAUGAUCAGUGUUACUACAGAGAUGUACUUGAGCCUGACAAGCCCACACGCUACAGCAAUACGUUACCAUGCAGGCAUACGGCGCAUGCAUCGACUCCGUAUACCUCAGACUUUGAUGCAAGGCAUCAAUACAUGCAGCCAGAUAGAAUACAACAGACAAUACUGUAUUGCGCUACACCAAGUACUGUGUAUGUGGAGCCCAACAGGAGCGAGUACUGGGAACUGAAAGCAAAGCUUCAUAUUGAUCCAGACUACCUUGAAGUUCUUGAAAAACGAACAACAUUUACACAGUUUUAGGAGACCUGACACCUGGACGGUCAGAUCUGAUGCAUUGAUGCAAUGUAUCCAUUUUAAUCAGGAAUCAGAACAUGUUUCAAAAACAGGCAGAACUAUUUCAUCGCCUUUUUUAGUACAAUGCAUUGUGACCUACCAUAUGCAUUUCUGGGUAUCAUGUGUCACAGGAUUGAGUAAUAAAGGGGAACACUACUAAUUUUUAAGUAUCAUUUAUCCCUUUACCCCUGUGGUGUUUAGCAGUUUGGUUUAAAUGUGUAAAUAAGAACAAGCAACCAGAAGUGUUCGGCGCUUAUGACUCAUUCCUAUGUAAAAUACAUCCAGGAGCUGUUUCAUUGACAAUAAUGCGAGACUGAGCUUUUUCUCUCAAAUGAGCCGCAUUUAAUGAGUGUUAAUAAGACGUGCAGAUAUGUUCUUGUCCCAAAAUGAACUAGUUUUUGUGUUACAGUUAUACAUAUGGCUCCAAGUUCUGUCAAAUGUAUUCAAGACAAAACUCACAUAAACAAAAGACACAUCUGUUAUGAAAUUGUGUCAGACACAUUAGGGAGGCAGUUUUUCCUCCCAUAUGCACAGCUCUGGGAUGAUAAUAUGAAAAUGCACGAGAUCAUAAAACUAAUUCCAAUGUAAUAUCUCAAAUCACAGAUUAUGAGGCCAGUAAAUCUCUGCACUCUUGAUCCUAAAAAUAUACUGAACAGACCUAAUCGGUUGUGUGGUCACCUCCCCAUCGCCAGACCAACUGCACUUGUGGAUUAUGGACACGUGUUGCACUUGUAUUGAGUUAAUAUUAAUGUGUUGCAACUGUUAUAACUAAAAGAUCAUAAUCACAGCCAUAAUCAGCUGUAUUGUAACUGAAAGAAAAUGAGCUUUAAAGGUCUAUAUCAUAUGUCACAAAUAUGUAUGAGCUGGCAAACAUGCAGCUUGAAAACACACUUGUUGAAAAUUGAAAUGAGAACCAAAGCAAACAGAAUCAGAUCAUAACAUAUGCAAAGUUUGACACUCACAGGAGUACAUCAAAGCACAUUCCUGGGUUUUAUUGUACUCUUACAACCUUUUUUCUUUAAUAUAUUCUGAAUACACUUACACAAAGUGUCUUCCAGUUGCAAUACAUGUGAGUCCAUCAUCAUAAACUUCUGCUUAGAAUUCAGCUGAAUUUUGUUUUUGUUUUACAUUUUACAUUUUGCAUAUUUUUAUACAAACAAGUAUUUAUUUGAUUUGAUUUUUGUUUUAUUUUACAAAAAAAUGCACUAUUGACUUCUACAGGUUAACAAUGAUGUCACUUUCUGAAAUGCACAAUAUGGUAACACAUGUGCAUAUAGCCAUAGAAGUAGGUUUGAUAACUGUAUACAUAAAAGUACCACAUGUUGAAACAUCUUGCACUAUGCAUAGAUAUAAAGUCAACUGAGACAAUCUGUACAAAAUGCCAACAGCUCAUCCUCUCAGUCACCAACCAACACUCAUAAACAUGAUAUGUAACCCUAUUAUCACAUCCCAUAAAUGUUUAUUCAAAAUGUAACAUUCAUGAAUAUUCAGAGGUACCUUUGUACCACAUUUUGGAUAAUUAAUUUUUUCUAAGACUUCAUAUAUUUUUAAUUACAUGUGUUUUUAGGGGAAUACUGAGUGGAUUUGUAUGUAUUGCAUCACAAUGAAAAACACUACUGUUUAUUUGGCAUUGUUUGCUUUUCUCUGUCUGCCGGGUUGCAUGAAAUCUGGUAAUUUGACAGAAAUGAGCAGUCUCUGUAUCUCUCUUUUAAGAGGGGAUUGAUGGUGAGUGUAACAAAUGUGUAAAGGUCUGCAAGAGAAAUAGCUAUUAGAUUGAAAAGCACAACAAAUGAAUGCUUGAACGGAUAGAGUCGUCUUUAUGCAUAAAAAUGUUCUAUGCUCUAACAGAAUCUAAGCGCACCAUCCGGUCAUGGUGCAGUCAAACACAUUUGUGGGUCAAUAGUGUAAGCCCAGAAAUCGGACUUUCUCCGAGAGUUUAAUGCACAGUGUAAAUUCACCUCAUAUGCAGUAUUAUGUCCUGAACCUGUCAUCUUAACUCAGCUAAUUAAAGGACAUGGCGUAUCUGGACUAUGUCUGCAUGUCACCAUGUAUUACACUGCAGCGUUAGUCAUGCUGUUUAUCAAGUAUAUAGUCGUGGUGUGUUGCCUCCCACAAGUUCAGAGUCACUUGAUCUGUGUCUGCUCUUAGGAAAUGCAUCAGAACAAAUUAAAUGAAAUCAACACAGGUGUGUACUUCGGUACAUGUCCGAUUUUUUGUUUUAAAUCAAUAUAUUGCUGUAAAGUUAGUGGUGAAAACAAUGUAAACAUGCACAGCCAGUUACACACAAAAUGUUUUCUAUUGUGAGAAGUGGACGAUCUUUAGUAAAUUGUUUUUAGUUCUUAUAGUUAUUUUUGAAUGUGUGGUACAUUUUGUGCAACCAAACUAAUGCAACACAUGAGAAAAACAAAAACACAAAAAAGCAAAUAACUUAGUUUGCUAGCGUAUUUGAAUACAUCACUUUUAACAUUUUAUUUGUCAUGAUGUUUCUUUCAAUUUGUAAGAAUCUUGCAAAGGCAACUGUGGAACAGAACACAGUAUUUAAUGUAUAUAACAGGCAUUUGAUAUAUGUUUUGAUCUUUCAACUUUUUGUUAUCAAUGACCAAAUGCCGAUAUUUGUCACAUGUGACACUACACAUACUGAUAAUCCAAAAAUAUGUUAAAUUGAGAUGUGACUGUCCUGUGUGUAUGUGCAAAUGUUUACUUUGCAAAGACGAAGUGAUCCAGUUAGUGUCUUAUUCUUAUUCCAACUUUUAUGUUAUCUUUUCUUUGUUUGGUUUGGUUUUCAUAUGAAACAAUGGUUUUCUCUGUCAACUUCUGAUUUGUAAAUAUAACACCUCAUCAGCAUUUCCAUGCAAACUGGCAUCGUUUCUGAAAAGCAAGACUCUGGUCUCUUAUUGCACAGUACAACUACGAAUAUGUGGGGUAAAUAUAUCUACAAUGUGCUGUUUCUUUAGUUGUUAGCUGAAUAAAAGAUAUGAUUUAAUUUGA